CGGGCUGACAAUGAGCUCAAUGACCAACUCUGAAAUUAGAUGGGCAAUGUUUGUUAGCUUAAUGCUUGAUCAUGCCCAAAGAAUGCCUGGGAUUUUUAAGGUCAGGCACUAAGAUAGGGUUGGGCAUCCCUACUGCCCUGGAUCAAUCAUGAGAGGAUCUGGACCCGUCUCCCUGUGCUGUUCGCCGCCGUUCCUGGCUUCGGUCUCCCACUUCCGUUCUCUAUUCUUCGUUCUUGAACGUCGUGCGUGGUCCGUUGGAUGCACAUACGACAACAAGGAGCCGGUGAGAAUGUCCUGAAACAUUGUUGAGGAUUCUGGGUUCAGCUAAACAAGAAGAUAUCAAAUAAUACCUUGCAUUCACUGAGAAUAAAAAGUAGUUCUCAGUGAAGAAUAAUAAAACCGUCCCUUAUGUUUUAUAACAUAUACCGGACCAUCUUCAACUGCGUCAGUUCAUACUCUGCUUCCCUGUCACUAGUCCGACAAGCUCACGCGCACAUUGUCAAAGCUGGACUCUUUGGCAAUGUCCAACUCACGACCCGGCUCCUUUCUGUCUACGCUAAUAAUCUCUGCUUUUAUGAUGUCAAUCUUGUCCUUGAUUCUAUUCCUGAACCUGAUUUGUUUUCCUUCUCCACUCUCAUCCAUGCUUUUGCCAAAUUGAAUCACUUUGACCAUGUUUUGCGUGUUUUCUCGCAAAUGUUAACUCAGCGUUUGGUGCCUGAUUGUUAUGUCCUUCCCAGCGCCAUAAAGGCUUGUGCUGGACUACAGGAUCUGAAAGUAGGGCGACAGAUUCAUGGGGUUGCUUGUGUAUAUGGGUUGGCUUUGGAUUCAAUAGUAGAAUCAUCUUUAGUGCACAUGUAUUUGAAAUGUCACAAGAUUGGGGAUGCACAGAUAUUGUUUGAUAGAAUGCCCGAAAAGGAUGUAGUUAUUUGGAGUGCUAUGAUUGCUGGCUGUUAUCGUCAAGGACUUGGGGAUAAGGCAAAGGAGCUAUUUUAUGAGAUGAGAAAUGAGGGUGUGGAACCAAAUAUGGUGUCAUGGAAUGGUAUGAUAGCUGGGCUUUGUAAUAGUGGGUCACAUAUUGAGGGGUUGAUGUUUUUCCAAAUGAUGAUCUCUGAAGGCUUUCGGCCUGAUGGCUCUACUAUAUCCUGUGUUCUUCCUGCUAUAGGACACUUGGACGACUCGGUAAUGGGCACCCAGGUUCAUGGUUAUGUGAACAAACAGGGCAUUGGAUCAGACAAGUUUGUGGUUAGUGCACUUAUUGACAUGUAUGGAAGGUGUGCUUGUGCAUUAGAGAUGUCACAGGUGUUUGAUGAAUCUGACCAAAUGGAAAUAGGUUCAUGCAACGCUUUUCUUACAGGGUUGUCACGUAAUGGUCUUGUUGACACUGCAUUGGAUGUAUUUAGGCGAUUCAAAGCCCAAGGAAUGGAAUUGAAUGUUGUGACAUGGACGUCAAUGAUAGCGAAUUGCUCUCAAAAUGGAAAAGACUUGGAAGCUUUGGAGUUCUUUAGAGAGAUGCAGAGUGAAGGCUUGGAGCCUAACUCUAUAACAAUUCCAAGCUUGAUUCCUGCUUGUGGAAAUAUUGUGGCAUUGAUGCACGGAAAGGCAAUCCAUUGCUUCUCUAUCAGAAAAGGAAUAGUUGAUGAUGUAUAUGUAGGUAGUGCUUUAAUAGAUAUGUAUGCCAAGUGUGGAAGGAUCCAAUUGUCUCGGCUUUGUUUUGAUAGAAUGCCAACCAGAAAUUUGGUUUCGUGGAAUGCCAUAAUGAGAGGUUAUGCUAUGCAUGGAAAGGCUAGGGAAACAAUAGAUAUUUUUCAUAUGAUGCAGCAGGGUGGCCAAACACCUGACUUUAUCACGUUCACUUGCCUGUUAUCCGCCUGCAGCCAAAAUGGCUUAACAGAAGAAGGUUGGCAUUAUUUUACCAGCAUGUCCACAGAACAUGGCAUUGAAGCCAAAAUGGAGCAUUAUGCAUGUAUGGUGACAUUGCUAGGUCGUGUAGGAAAACUUGAAGAAGCUUACUCUCUUAUCGGGAAAAUGCCAUUUCAACCUGAUGCAUGUGUUUGGGGAGCCUUGUUAGGUUCUUGCAGAGUUCACCAUAACCUGAGUUUAGGCGAGAUUGCUGCAAAGAAGCUUUUCCAGUUGGAAUCAGACAAUCCUGGUAACUAUAUUCUUCUGUCUAAUAUUUAUGCCUCAAAGGGUAUGUGGGGCGAGGUAAAUAGAAUACGAGGUGUGAUGAAGAAUAUGGGAUUGAGAAAAAACCCAGGCUGCAGUUGGAUAGAAUUGGGACGCAAAGUUCAUAUGCUUCUUGCUGGGGACAAAUCACAUCCACAAAUGAAACUGAUCUUGGAAAAGUUGGAUCAAUUGAGUAUUGAAAUGAACAAGUUUGGUUACUAUCCUGAUACUAAUAAUGUUCUGCAAGAUGUUGAGGAGCAGGAUAAGGCACAGAUAUUGUGUGGGCACAGUGAAAAGUUGGCUGUAGUAUUGGGAGUACUGAACACAAGUCCUGGGCAACCUCUUCAAGUGAUUAAGAACCUGAGAAUCUGUGAUGACUGCCAUGCUGUUAUAAAAUUCAUAUCCAGUUUUGAACAAAGAGAAAUUUAUGUCAGGGAUACAAAUCGUUUUCAUCAUUUCAAAAAUGGCGUUUGCUCUUGUAGAGAAUAUUGGUGAACUGCUUUUUAACACCUUUGAAUUCCUCUUAAAGGGGAGUUCAUUCUGUACCAUUAGUUCUUUCAGCAGAUUAAGAAACAGAUAUAAAUGAAUCAAGAUUGUGUUCCGACAUUAAGCUGGUGCUAACAAGUAAACCAUCUUCAGAACAAGGAUUUGCGUAUCAUAUUUUUGAUACUUAAUAAAAUACUCUUUUCAUUCCA